AUGGAUGACGACGAUGGUGCUGAUUAUAAGGAUGAUAAGGAGAAUGAUAGCGUUUUCAGUGGUCGUCAAUAUGGAGAGGAGCAGAAAAUGCGUGAUCGCAUUGGAUCAAUGACUGCGUAUAUGGUACCAAUUACUGAUGAUUAUGAACCGAAAAUUGAGAAAAAAACUGAGAAAAAGCUUGAACGAAAACAUGUUCUGGAUCUUAUGGAUCGUUGGCGUAAAGUGGCGAGACGUGUGAAGAAUGACUAUGUUGAUCCAUGGGAUCAGUUCAAUAUCCAAGAUUAUCCGAUCCAACGCGCCAAACGUUAUCGCUACUCAGCGAUUCGUAAACUAUGGACAGAGGAUAUGGUAGAGAUUCGAAUGCACCCGGAGUCGUUUGCUCGCGGAGCAAUGCGCGAAUGCUAUCGAAUGAAGAAAAUAUCGUCAUUGGGCGGAAGUCAGGAUUGGAGUUUGGCGCAGAAUUAUGUCGCCAAGAAGUAUAUCAAUCAAGUGGAUCGCCGAGUUCUUUUCGAUGAUGUCAGACUACAAAUGGACGCGAAAUUGUGGGCUGAAGAAUAUAACAGAUACAAUCCGCCAAAGAAGAUUGACAUAGUCCAAAUGUGCGUCAUCGAGCUGGUCGAUGUUGAAGGAUCGCCUCUUUAUCAUAUUGAGCAUUUCAUUGAGGGAGAUUACUUGAAGUACAAUUCCAACUCUGGAUUCGUUUCCAAUGAUGCGCGAAUCACUCCACAAGCAUUUUCGCAUUUCACUUUUGAGCGCUCUGGACAUCAACUAAUGGUUGUCGAUAUUCAGGGUGUUGGCGACUUGUACACUGAUCCACAGAUUCAUACGGUUGUCGGAACCGAUUAUGGCGACGGAAAUUUGGGAACGCGCGGAAUGGCGCUCUAUUUCCACUCGCAUCGCUGCAAUCAUAUAUGCGAUAGUAUGGAGUUGUCGAACUUUGAGCUUUCUCCACCCGAAUUCGCCGCCACAAAAUCGCCAGCGAGACACCGCAAAAAAUCGGCGGAAAUGACGGAGUUUGCGGCGAGAAAAGCGCGAUUGUCGAGCGAAUGUGUGCAUGUGGAUCAAGCGAUAUCGAUGGAUGAGUUGCGCAGAAGAACAACGAGAUCAAUGAGUGACACCUCAUCGAAGCAUAAUGAUGAAUGUAUUUGUUGCGAUUGUAUUCCUUCUAUGGAAAAAAUGGACGAGCCACUAUCUGAAGAUGACGGAGAGGAUGCAUAUGAAGAUAGUCAAGAGGUAAUGCUAAGCGACGCCAAUAGCUCAAAAGGUCGCCUGAGUCGUAUGAGCAUUUCGACGAGAUCAUCUGGAGACGAAUCGAUGCAUGCUCGACGCAACAGAAGCGGCUUCUAUGACAUUCAUUCGCUGCGACAGCGUCAUGACAGCUUCCGUAGCUCGAUCGGAACGUUUUCGAUGAACAGCUCUCGAUUUACAAAGGAGACUGAACGUGACGAGUUUUGGAAGGCGCUUCGUAGAAAGGCGAUUCCGGCGAACAUUGCCGGAUUGCAAAGGGAUGAUGCCGAAUUGGAGCCGAACUCGGCGCACAAUUUCUCGGUUCUUGGACAGAUACAUAUCGAUUUGGCGCGUUAUCACGAACUUGGAAGAUUUGUGGAAUCGGGUGGUGGAAAGGAAAUGCUUGAAUCGAGCGAUCAGGACUCGCCGGAUGCGAAAAAACCGACGCAAUACGACAAACAAUCGGCGAUAUUCCAUUUGGAUAUUGCAAGAAAGUGCGGAAUUCUCGAGGCAAUUCUAACAACUGCCCACAUUGUUCUUGGAAUGCCGCAUGAGCUGCUCAAAGAAGUCACCGUCGAAGAUCUGUUCCCAAAUGGAAUCAUUGAUACGUCGAAUGGUGGAAGCCAAGAUUUGACCGAGUUUGGAGCGGAUUUGAUGGAAAUCGCGGCGGAAAUGGGAGAUAAAGGUGCAAUGCUUUAUAUGGCCCAUUCAUAUGAAACUGGACAAAGACUUGGUCCGAAUAGAAGCACCGAUUAUAAGAAAGCUAUUGAUUGGUAUCAACGAGUUCUUGGAUUUCAAGACGAGGAUGCGAAUAAUGUUGAGGAUUCAUCGAAAGAAACGUUCUCGUCGUUUUCGCCAAUGGCUCGCCAUGAAAUCCUCGCAAAAAUGGCGGAAAUGUAUAAAGAUGGUGGCUACGGUUUGAAUCAAGACUUUGAACGAGCUUAUAACUUGUACACGGAAGCUGCUGAAGCCGCGAUGGAAGCGAUGAACGGAAAAUUGGCGACUCGAUAUUAUGAGAAAGCCGAAAUGUGCGCUCAAUAA